AUGUCUGGGGCUGUUGUCUCCUUUUCUAUAGACUUCUGGUAAAAUCAAGCUUGAAUCCAUUUGAGAAGUAAUAAAAAACAUUGGGGGUUUUUUCUUUCUUUCUUUCUUUCAGAAAACACCCACAUUUUCUACAAUUAUUUAGUGACAAAUAAUGAACAAGAGACUUUUUAAUGGUAGCAUAUGUGUCUGUGUGUGGGGGGGGGGAGAGAGAGAGAGAGAGAGAGAGAGAAUUUGUAUGUAUGUGUGCAUAUAUAUCUAUAUCUGUAUCUAUAUCCAUACCUAUAUCUAUCUAUCCAGUUGUACCUUAGAAGUCGAACGGAAUCUGUUCCGGGAGUCUGUUCGACUUCCAAAACGUUCGGAAACUAAAGCGCAGCUUCUGAUUGGCUGCAGGAAGCUCCUGUAGCCAAUUGGAAGCCACUGAAGACCUGUCAGACGUUCGACUCCCAAAAAUAGUUCGCAAACCAGAACAGUCACUUCUGGGUUUGCGGCAUUCGGGAACCAAAACAUUCAACUUGCAAGGCGUUCGGGAUCCAAGGUACGACUGUAUACCUACGCAGUAAUUUUAGUUUUUAAUCUUAAUCUUUAGAAUUCAGAUGGAUUAGCAUCUAAACAAAUAGGUAAGCAAUAAAUAUAUAAAUUGCAUUAAUUUAAUAUAAUUUUUCACUGUAGCCUUUGUGAAAGGGAUGUUGGAUAACAUGAAUUUUAAAUGAGGAUGGAGAAAGAUCACCUUUCAUUAAUGCUUAUUAAAGGGCUUUACUUUCCAGUAUCACUGAAGUGCUUUAUUCUGUGGCAUCCUUACAUAUCACCACUUAAUAUGACCCACCCAUCUUAUCAUUGUCCUACAAAGCUUAUUAUUGUGCAUUUGAAUGUUUACAUUUAGCUGUGGUUACUGGAUUUUGACAGCAGAUGGAGCAAAUAGCCUGCCAUUUUUAUGCAUAUAUUUUGGAGAGUGUUUCUGUCUGCUCAUUUCAGUCUCUUGCAAUAUUGUAAUUCAUUUUAAUGUCACGACACCGUCUCGUAGCUCUGUGUGGGGAUGAGAAUCAACAUACUAAAGAAACCCAUUGCUACUGAAGCAGCAUUUGGCAUUUCCCACCUCUGUAAACAAUUUCCUAUCAUAUAAGGUAUAACGACUGUAGUAAUAAAUGUGGGAAUAGUCGUAAUUGUAAUAGCAGUGAUGGUUGUAUUUUCAACAGCAGUAGUAAAAUGCCACACAGAAACUGAUAGUAAGUAAAUAGUCAAGCUCAGUGUGGUAGCCAUACCAGAGUCAAAAGCUUCAAAGGACAAGGAGGAUCCUUGGGUCAACUGAUUCCUCUUGACUUGGCGGUUACUUUUCUACUCUUUGUAGCCAUUUGUAAUCUUUAACAGCAAGCCAGUGUGUUGGAAAAAUGGAGUCACUCUGGUCAAGAGAAAUGAGCUAAGGCAGAAAUAUCUCUGAACAUUUUGUUCCUGACAACAACAGGAAACUCUUUCAACCACAAAGUAACUGGUGGAGCUUGUUGUCAAGCCAAGGUGUCAAAAGCUGAAGCUUGAAAACUGAAGUGUCAGCAGAAAGAAAUUAGAUUAUGGUCACUACAGACCAUACAGCAAAGGAAUCAGAAAGGGCUAAGCAGUGACAGAGAAAUGCAGUUAUCGGAGCCAACUCCUAGGGGCUGAGCUCCCUUUGCCCGCCCGCUCCCAAUAAAUUAUUUGAGGGGCCAAGACAGACAGAUGCCAACAAUGUGAUGAAAUUUCACUUAUUAUCUCACUUAUUUAUUUACAAUGUUUAUUUUAUCUAACAUAUUUAUGUACCAACUUUCAACCAAUGGUUACAGAAACAACACAAGUGGGUUCCAUGUUUUUAUCAUCACUGUUGUAAAAACAGUUUUUCUUCCCUGGAUAAAAUACAGUGCAUAUUUGGAUACCACCAGCACAUCUGUUCCACAUAGUGCAAAUUGAAUGUAGAAUACACACACCAAAAAAAUGCCAGUGAUUGUGCAUUUUCAUAUUCAGCUUUGGAGCAUGUGCACGAUGAACAGGGCAUUUUGUCCAUUGCCCAGUCAAUUUUGCAUCAGUCCCCCAUGUGACUUUGGACGACAUGCAGACUGAAGGAGACAAUGUCAGUAGGAUAAUUACAGUGGUACCUCUGGUUACGAACUAAAUUAGUUCCGGAGGUCUGUUCUUAACCUGAAACUGUCCUUAACCUGAGGUACCACUUUAGCUAAUGGGGGCCUCCUGCUGCCGCCGUGCUGCCACCAAGCGAUUUCUGUUCUCAUCCUGAGGUAAAGUUCUUAACCCGAGGUACUACUUCCGAGUAAGCGGAGUCUGUAACCCAAAGUGUUUGUAACCUGAGGUGUUUGUAAUUUGAGGUACCACUAUAUAUACUUUGGUCAGUCUCUGUAUUCAGUUUCUGGACAAGCUUAUUGGCCAGGCGGCAUACAAAACUGACAUUAGGAUCAUGUGUGCUAGGCAAUGUAUGAACAAUUUCCUAACAUCUGCUGGUGACUAUCCAUAUCUGGCCACAAAUGAAACUCUUGGUGCAGUGAAUGUGUGCACAUUCUCUAUUCAACUCACAUCACCUCAAACAUAUUCACUUUAUUGCCACAACAGAUGACUUUAGAAAUCAAAACCCAAAAAACAAAUGGGUUGCCUGAUUUUGUAUUACAUGGUUUCUAUUCAUAAAGAUUCUCUAUUAAGCACCUGAUUUCUCUCUCUGUUUUCUAGAGAUAAUUCCAGCUUCUUGCAGUUCCUUAAAAUAUUUUUUUAAGAAAUAAAAAACCCAUGGCAUCAAAUUAGGAGCUUCAUAACCAUUUUCUUCUCCUUUUCUUAAGCAAUGCUGAUUCUUUGUUGCCAGUGAGAGCUGCGUUCAAAAGCAAGAUGCCUCACACCAGCAGCUGAACUCGCUGCAGGAAUAUAGAGAUGUUGCCAUACCAAAAACUCAUUACCUGCCGGCAGACACUAUUAAACCUCAGGAGGAGAAAGGUAACAACAUUGUUGUAGCCAAUUUAAAAAUAAUAACAGUGCUACCUAGAGUGGCUUUUUAAAAAAACAACAACAACAUCUACAAAAAAUGUAGUGAUUUUACGUACUAUAUAUUAGCACAGAAUUUCACCAUAGGUUGAUGGUAAAAAAGCAACCCUAUAUAUUAUUCAUUUGAAAACAGCAAGAAAUAAAAUAUAAGUCCUCCUUUUAAACUACACAAACACUAGACUACACACACAGCCCAAAGUCUCCUCUAGCCAGAAACACACUGAGUGUGGCUCUCUAGGUACUUUACAACAUUUACAGAUCUCUUGCCUCUAAAAUAUUAUCAACCUUAAUCCUAUGAAAAUUAGAAACAUUUUAAUGCUUUUUUAUAUAAAAAAAUAGAAAUAAUAGAAAUACCUGUUUCCUCCAGCCUUCACCAGCACCUAGAAAUAAAUACUGUGGAGAGCAAAUAGGAUUUUACCAUAUACAAACCUAAUUCCUCCUUGAUGCUUGGCAUACUGUUACACACGUUGUAUAUGCCAACUUGGUACUUUCCAGAUGUUCUUGGAUGAUAUCUCCCAUCAGUCCCAUCCACUACAACAUGGUGAGAGUUGCAGUACAAAAUAUCUGAAACAGACCAGGUUGGGACAGGCUGAGUUAUACAUUUGUGGGCCCAAACAAGGCACGAAGAACAAACACAAGUUAAGUGAUGGAUGAGAAAUGGCUGCAACUUUGUUUGGCUACAAAGAAGUAAGUUUGGCUUGACAUGGCAUGGGCAUGGAUCCAUUCAUCAGGCUGCACGUCUGAUGGUCACUAUUCUCCUGCCAGACUGUUUCCCAGGUCCUCCGAUGGCUGGAAAUGACCUGAUCUGUUUUGGGGUCCAUGGUGGCAUGUGCUGAUUCUGGUGGUCCUCAUUUUGUCAGGAAAUUAUGGCUUGUCAGCCUCCAAGCUAGAUUUUGGACAGUAAUGACCCCCUUUCAAGAUCCAUUAAGGGGAUAAUCUCUGGAUGAAGCAGGGAGCCCUUCCCCUGCUUAUCCCAUCCCAGUACAUUUCCGAGCGCAAUUCAAAGUGUUGGUGCUGACCUUUAAAGCCAUAAACAGCCUCGGCCCAGUAUACCUGAAGGAGCAUCUCCACCCCCAUCGUUCAGCCUGGACACUGAGGUCCAGCUCCAAGGGCCUUCUGGCAGUUCCCUCACUGCAAGAAGUGAGGUUAUAGGGAACCAGGCAGAGGGCCUUCUUGGUAGUGGCGCCUGCCCUGUGGAAUGCCCUCCCAUCAGAUCUCAAGGGAAUAAACAGCUAUGUGACUUUUAGAGGACAUCUGAAGGCAGCACUGUUUAGGGAAGUUUUUAAUGUUUGAUGUUUUAUCGCAUUUUUUAACAUUCUUUUGGGAUCCAACCAGAGUGGCUGGGAAAGCCCAGUCAGAUGGGUGGGGUAUUAUUAUUAUUACUAUCCCAAUACAUUUCCCACCAGAAUAAGUUGUGACAAAACUAAAUGUACCUUGUAAACAUCCCCUGCUACGAGGAAGAUGGAAACCCCACAGAACCAAUGCCAGGCUGCCUACAGAUAAAAUGCCUCCCCAGUCAGCAACUGACUGAGAUCCACAGUAAUAUUGUGUAUCAAAUCCCCUGAGGCAAGAACAACUUUCAACCUUCAACUAACAACAGAUGAGAGUAGGUGGGGAAGAUGGAAGUCACAAAGAAACUGAAGUGAGGCGACCUGGCUGGUUCUCCUUUUAUGCUCUAGGAGUGAACCACAGCUGGGGGUUUCGUCUAUGUGGUCUGCCUCUUGACCCCACUGCCGGGGAGCCCAGGAAGCCUUUCUGUUUUCUCCAGUGGUUCAAAUCCGCUCCAAAAGUCUUUGUGUGGUAAGCCAGAAGGUAUAGCUGGCGUCACUGUGGCCAAAUGGGAAAGUGGCUUGGCUCCCCUCUUCCAAUCUGUAUGGGACCACAGAGAGGCAUCUCCAGUUAUUUAGGGAUAAAAGGAUUUGCAGUGUAAGCUCCUCCUUUUGAAAGGAAUAUACCUUGGGAAUUGGGUCUCUGUUAUGUUUGGGCAUCUGUGUGAAGAACCCGCCCGCCAUACAGUGGUACCUCGGGUUAAGUACUUAAUUCCUUCCGGAGGUCCGUACUUAACCUGAAACUGUACUUAACCUGAAGCACCACUUUAGCUAAUGGGGCCUCCUGCUGCUGCCGCGCCGCCGGAGCAUGAUUUCUGUUCUCAUCCUGAAGCAAAGUUCUUAACCUGAAGCACUAUUUCGUGGUUAGCGGAGUCUGUAACCUAAAGCGCAUGUAACCUGAAGCGUAUGUAUCCCGAGGUACCACUGUAUUAUGUUGUGUGUGUUGUGGAGAGGAACAUGCCCUUACCAUAUGAAGCGGAAUACCUCCUUGAUAAAUAUCAACUGGCAAACUCACAUGCGUACUGCAGUAAAUUAUGUCUUGGUAAAUUUUCAUUUGUACAAACCCAACGUAUAAUCUGACUAUGUGGCGAAAUAUCUUUUAGCAAACAUCAAGUGCAGAUGUGAGGUAAAAUGUGUCUCUCUUUAACCCUUUAGUGGCUGUAUAAAUAUGGCUUUGGAAUAAAAUAAGCCCAAGAAAGCCGUACAAAUAAAAUAUCAGGUGGACAAUAUUAGGCAUUUGCAAGUAAAAAUGUCAUCAAAUAAUAAAUGUAAUGUUUACAUGUUACUAACAAGAUAUCAGACCGACAUAAAAUACAUCAGAUUUCAGGUUAGUGAGUUUGGGCAUGAUCUCUUCAAUUGAAGCAAGACUACCGGAAGAAGUAUUGAUAUAAAUUUUAUUACCUAUGUAGUACACACAUUUUUGAAACAAAAGGCCGUAUAACUUGGAAAGUUGCUUUUGUGUGGUUUCAUGAUAUCACAGAGAUAUAAAUGAGUAUCAGAAAUUGAGAGAGAGUACGCAAAUAUUUAUUUCAGCUUUGUUUUCUGAUAUGUCCUCCGAAUAAAGGUCAGUCAAGUUUAUUUAUAAUACCCGAAGUGUCUGACUAUGCUACUUUGCCUGACACAUUAAGUUCAGGAUUUUAUAAAAUAAAAUAAAAUAAAAGAUACUAAUAAUAAUCAUUUAUUAUCUUGUGCAGCAGCAUUCGAGGAGGGUGAGGAAGAUAAAACUGACGUCUUAGGAAAUCUGAAGAAGCAGCUCGGGAGAAACAUGAAGUAA